AUGACUUACACAGAAAAAGCACUUUUACCGACAGUCAAAGAACCAGGAAGGUCAACAAGAUCUAGCAGCCGAGUUGAUGGCACCAUUAUGUUAGAGGAACAGCUGUGUCGAACUUCUACUUACGCUAGAUCAUACUUGGUUCGAUCGAAAAGGGUGUGGAAUGUUCUGCCAAAGGAAAUACGAAGGAACACAAUGUCUUUGUCUUCCUUCAAACACUUGUUGAAGGAAUAUUACCAGAGUGCUUUAAAAUCAACUUAUGACUCUGAAGAUGCACCGACAUGGAAGUCAAUUUGUGUUAAUUGUGGCUCUGCCCGUAGUCUUCUGUCUCUUCCUAUGUGCUGUUUUUAA